GGCGGAAACCGGUAAAUUCACUUCCGCUCUCGUUGCCAAACCCUCCAAACGUUCACCCUCGUGAUUCGGUGCUUCCCUGGCUAGCUUCGUUUCUCUCUCUCGCGCUCUUUUGUUUGUUUCUGAUUUCUAUUCCUUUUUGGUAUCACAGAGUAACUCCAUUGUUCCUUGUUAUUUGGCUGAGUAACACAAAUGGCAUCACGAACUGCUCCUUUGUUUCAAGAUCAUGACCAACACGUCAAUGGCCACGUCAGCGAUCUGGAUUCGAUUGAUGGGUUGCCAAUGCACAACUGUGCACCAAUUAAAACGAAGGUACCUGAGCCGUUGCCAGAUCCAUUGGACCAGUCUGACUCUUCAGAAUAUUCGCAUUCGGAGACUCCAAAAUCAUGGGGGAGAUUCUCUUUCUCCCCCUCAUAUACAGCGAUGUUUACUUCAGACUGCAACUGUGGGGAGCCACCCGACUUUUCUAUAUCCUUAGAUCGGCAUGAUCUAUUAUUAAAAUAUGGUUUUGAUUACCCUUCAGAAUAUUCCGAGACUCCAAAAUCAUCCAAGGUUGAUCCAGACUGCUCAAGUCUGCUAUCAUCUCUAUAUUCUGACUCUUCAGAUUACUCUGACACUCCAAAAUCGGGGAAUUGGUCUCCACCAACUGAUUUAAAGAAUGACAAGGCAUUUUGGGACAGCUUGAAAUUGGAGAAACCCUCCUUUUGGAUAGACCCAUAUGGUCUUCCUAACACUCAACACUUAGAGACUCUUGAAGCAUGGCGUUGCUCUCAACCAAUUAAAAGGAAGCAGGAAGCUAAUCUGUUUUCAGAUUUGCCAUCUCUGUUUGCUCUUUCUGACUCUCAAGAACACCCUGGGAGUCCUAAGUCAUCGAGUUACUCUCCACCAACUAUAAUGUCUGAGAUUGAGCCACAUUGCAUAGAUGAGGAGGUACCUAAUCUGUUGCCAGGUCUAUUUGCUGAGCUUGACACAUCAGAACACUCAAAAAUCAUCAAGUUGCUCCCUUCCAAUUAAAAUAAAGCAAGAGUGAUAAUUCACAUGGGGGAUUUGAGUAGAAACCAGAGCUGUUGCUAGAAGUGCAAUCUCCAUUU